CUCCACAUUAUCUGCAACUACGGAUCCUCCUUCGCAUGCAGGGCAAAACGGCGCGAUGCCCCUCUACCGCUCUAAUCCGCUAGCACCCGAAUCUUGACGUGCCUUUCGUCCAUCUUGAAAUCAACACAGCCAUGGCUAACCAGCAGUACCCCCGCCCCGACUGGCAACGCCCGUCCCUCAACUGGCAGUCUCUCAACGGACCCUGGUCUUUUCUCUUCGAUGACAACGACAUCGGACAGGCGCAGGGCUGGCAGCUCUGCGGCCUUCCAUCCGACGUCUCUGUUGAUCCCACACUCACCAACACGGCCUCGCCCACCCAGGAUAGCGAAAGCAUCACGGCCAAGAUCAUAGGCGACACACAAGCACUCAUCCAAGGCAAUGUGUUCAAGUCGGACGGCGCAGCCAAGCACCACAAACGGGAUAUCCAAGUCCCGUACGUCUGGCAGUGCCCCGCAUCUGGGAUCGAGGAAAAGGGUGUGCAUGAGGUCUUUUGGUAUGAACGCAAUAUCCGGGACCUGCGAACUAGCGAACAGAAAGAGAAGGGCGACAGAGUGAAUUUGCGUUUUGGGGCCGUGGAUUACGAGGCCAAGGUGUGGAUUGAUGGGAGUCUCGUUGGUGGACAUCGUGGCGGACACGUCCCGUUCUCAAUCGAUGUUACGGAUGCGUUUGCGAAAGAGGGUCAAGGGGGAGAACACAGAAUCACGAUCAGAGUGUACGACUCUGCGUUUGAUCUUACGCAGCCGCGGGGGAAACAGUACUGGGGGGCACAGCCGGAGAGUAUCUUUUAUACGCCUAGUGGGGGAAUCUGGCAGAGUGUCUGGCUAGAAGUGGUCCCAAGAGUGAGACUUGGGGACUCGAGUGAUGGCACUGUGCUGCGCAGUGAUGAUAUCAACGGCGGGAAGCUAAAGGCAAGCGUACGUAUACUGGACAGGCCCGCUGGGUGGAAGUACGCUGUCAGUCUAGAAGUCAAGCUGGGUGGCGUGCGUGUCAGUUCAAUGAAGAAGGUCGAUCUACCGCGAGAGUCAGACUUUGUGUCUUUCGAAGCGGACAUGCGACUCAAUGAAGACCAAACCAGCCAACUAGGACAAGACAUCCUCUCCACAUCACCACUUAACCACAACCGCGCAUGGCUUAACAACGUAGCCCUCUGGUCUCCCGAACACCCUACCCUUUACACCCUCACGAUUUCUCUCUACGACCCGUCCGGCACCAAGAUCGACCAAGUUGAAACAACAACAGGCAUGCGCAAAAUCUCCUGGAACGACUCUGCCUUCCGCCUAAACGACCGUCCCUACUUCCAAGCCCUCUUCCUCGAUCAGGGCUACUGGCCACGCACAUUUAUGACGCCGCCUUCUGCAGACGCCCUGAAGACCGACAUCCAGCUCUCCAAAAACAUGGGCUUCAACGGAUGCCGCAAGCACCAAAAAGUCGAAGACCCGCUCUUCCACUAUUGGGCCGACCGCCUUGGCUUUCUCGUCUGGGGCGAAAUGGCUAACGCCUAUAGCUUCUCGUCGCAGUAUAUAACCCGCUUCGACCAGGAGUGGCGCGAGGCCGUGCUCCGCGACAUCAACCACCCGAGCGUCGUUGCAUGGACGCCCGUCAACGAGAGCUGGGCGUACACGGAUCUCGCGCACAGCGUCGAGCAGAGGAACCACAUUCGCAGCUUGUAUUACGCGACGAAAGUGCUGGAUCCGACGCGCCCCGUCAACGACAAUUGUGGCUGGGAACACGUAAAAGGGGAUCUAACCACGUUCCACGACUAUUCUGAUGGCGAUAAACUCACGCAGACGUGCAAGACGCUCGACGGCAUUCUCGCGCCCAAGGCAGAUAGGCCGGUCUUCGUGGCCGCGCUUCCCGUACAGGGCGAUGUAGGCGCAAGACAUGAUCCCUCAGCGCCCAUCAUAUGCACCGAGUUCGGCGGGAUCAACAUCGCGCAGGGCGAGGCGGGCACCGGCGACCGUGACUGGGGGUACACGACAGCGAGCGAUCCGAAGGAUUUGCUGAAGCGGAUUGAGACGAUGAUGCGGGGGAUUGUGGAGGGUGGCCAUGUGUGUGGGUUUGUGUAUACGCAACUUACAGAUAUAGAGCAGGAGGUUAAUGGGCUGUACACGUUGGAGAGGAAGGAGAAGCUGGAUGCAGCGGAGGUGAAGAAGAUUGUCGAUGCGGUUGUUAAGCAUUACGACGGACUGCAGAAGUAGGCCUGGCACUCAUAUAGCGUGCCAGCAUUACUGGAUCAGGGCCUUUAACAACGCUUCAACCUCUUCUUCGUGCCCUUUUCC